AUGUAUGAAAUCAUAAAUUAUUAUGUUAUAGAUGCUUUACGUUAUCAGAAGCUUAUAGUCAAAUGUAAUAUCAUAAAUAAUUAUAGAGAAGUCAUUUCAAUAGCAUAUAUAAUUUUAUUCAAUACGCAUUAUUACGCCAUAGAAAAGAAAGUAUGUAAUCUCUCAGGCAUUGAAGCAUGGGCGCAGAAUAUUUUAUUUACUAUGAAAGCUUCUAAGCAGAAAGAAUCUGGGAAAUAUCCGGUAGUAUAUGUUUUCCCUUCAGAGAAAGGUCUUGAGAAUAAACGUCUUAUAAUGGGUUUAGACUUUGUUUUCUUAGUAAAGGCCCAACUAAAACUUCUCAGAAAGAAAAAGGACUAUAUGAAAGAAGUUAAAAGUAGAAUAGAUUCGACUAAUAUCAGCGAAUCUUUUUCAGUAGCAAGUGUAAUUGAAAAUGUUUUAUCCUCAAUAAUAGAUAAGAAUAAGUAUGCUGAAAUAAUUGAUAUUCUGAAUUCUUUUAUUGUGACUCACCCUGAAAAUACUUUUGAUUUACAUAGUAGAAAAUUAACAUUAACUAAAGGUGAAAAAAUGGAAUUUGCUGAUGUGGCGAAGGAAUUGGAAAAGGAACUAGAUUUAUAA